AUACGCAGUGUCCGAGUCGGCGGUUGAGAGCAGCAGAGCAGAGCAGAGCGUGCGCGCGCCCGCCGCCUCAGUGAGUGCAGUGGACUUGCAGCGGGGCUGUGAGGAGACCUGAGGCGAUCCGGCGUUAUUUUUAUUUUAUUUCUUCGUCCUUAAACUAUUCAUUUCGAGGGCUUUAAACUUUUCUUUCAGCUCUUUUGACAGUCGUGUGAAUACCUCGCGUUAAAGUUUUCGACCCUAUCCGGGUUGAAGUUACAUUUUAGAGGACUUUUUUAAAGGCUGGGCCUUUUUUUUUUUUUUUUAAGCUCGGUUGGAGAAAGACUUUGGCGUUUCCCCGUUAGUUUGAUAAAUGCUAUUUACCAAGAUGGACCUUUUGAACUACCAGUACUUGGACAAAAUGAACAACAACAUUGGCAUUUUAUGCUACGACGGCGAGGCAGCGCUGCGUGGCGAGUCCAGAAUGCAGCCUAUGUCCUCUCCAGUCACUAACCACAGGACAGCUCCUCCUCCCAUCAGCCCCAGUAAGAGGAAACACAGCAUUGAACUGACCGACGACAACAUGGACCCCAACAACGAGCAUGUGGCCAAGAUGAGCCGCCUGUUUGCUACGCACCUAGGAAAGCCCACAAACGGCGAGUACCGCAGGGAGCCUCGGGAACGGAGCCGCAGCCCCAUCGAGCGCCUGCACACCUCCCACCUUUACACACACAUGCCGAACCUGGCCAUGGAACAGCCGCUCGCACUAACCAAAAGCAGCGUCAAGGUCCCCACCUCGCCAAGUGCCAGCCUCAUUGAACGCCAGCAGAAUCGGCCCUCGGUGAUCACGUGUGCCCCUGCGAACAACCGUAACUGUAACCUCUCUCACUGCACUGUCUCUCACAACGGCUGCUCACCUUCGAACUACAGGAGACCUUCGAACUCAAACGCAGCAUGUGACCCUGUGAUUGAGGAGCAUUUCCGCCGCAGUCUGGGGAAAAACUACAGAGAGCCGGAGCCGGUCACCAACUCGGUGUCUAUCACCGGAUCGGUGGAUGAUCACUUCACCAAGGCUCUGGGAGAGACCUGGCUCCAAAUCAAAGCUAAGGGAGGCUCUACCGGGAGCCCUGACUCCUCACCUAACACUCACAUGGUCAACAUCAAUCACUCGCCAUCCCUAGUUUCCUGAAAGAGAGGACCAGCUGUGCAUCCUGCUCUCCUUCCAAACCGCUUCACUCUCAAAGCGACUGUGCAUGAUUCAGCUCCGCUUCCGACAGCGCUAGCAUUUAGCCAUGUACAUAAACUGUUUUCUUUUUGUUUCAUUUUCUUUCUUUCUUUUUUUUCCCCCCAAUAUGUUUAGGUUGGAGGCCCACAACAAAAGAAUUAAUAAGCAGGUUGUGAUUCUUGUUUAGAAGAGAGUCAGCUAGUAUUCGAAUCACCUGCCUCAGAUGCCAAAGAAACCUCUGAUAAACACUUUGCCCAGUUUAAUUCCUUCACACCCGCCUAAACUCCGUCUUCUGUCUGGUUGUUUUGCACCACACACUAUAUUUGUAACAUUCUCUCAGCUUGUGGGAGUUUUAUGUAGCCAAACAUCUUCAAGGGUUAUCUGUGACAGUACGCGUGUAAAGCAGGCAAGAACUGAGAUACCGCGAGGGUUUUAGUUUAUUUUUUAAACCAAUGUCUAGAAAGAGGUGGCGAUCCUGAGAAGAGGUUUGUUUCGUAAAACUCCCAUGCUGCCCUGUUCUCAUAUGUGGAUCCUUGACAGAAAGUCUUUUGCACUAUUAAGGCCAUAAAUUGUGUUGGAGACUCGUUUCUUGGCCAAAAUGUUUAACGAUGGCUGACGCGAUGGUCGGGUGAAGUUUUGCGUCAUUAAUAAGGGCCGGGGUGGGCAGAGGGAAAGAGAAGAGCGUUGAUCUUUUUCAUCUCUCUUCUGUGGUGGCUGCUGACAACUGGACUGUGUCGAGUUAAAUCCUGGGCAUUUUCGUCUUCCCCCCCCCCCCCCCCCCAGCACUGUGGUUUCGGUAGAGUAGCUAAGGUUUUGAGGGUAAACUAUUGCUUACCGGUGCAUGAUUUACGAUUUUAAAUAGCUGGUAUCUAUUAUUGUGUAGACAUUUCAUUUGUAAUACUAGUAGCCUUUUCCUCAGAUUGUAGUUUAUUUUUGUCAGUAACAAUCAUAGAUAAACUUACUGCUGGUACAGUUGUACUCCAUAUUAUUAUUUUUUAUUCAGUAUACAUUUUGGUAGAAGCCAGAUACAGAGGACAGCCUCCGGACAGGCCAUCUUAUAUAUUAACAGUGGAUGUUUGAUAUUAAUCCGUGGUACAGGAUGCUCUUAGCGGGUUUUUUUGUGUGUGUGUGACUGAAACAUUCGCGGCUACAGACAGGUCAGCUGAGAGUUGACAAUCUGCCGAAAAUAUUGAGAGCUAAGGUUUCUUUUAUUUCUGUUAAGUUUUGGCUGUAGCUAUUAUUCUGUCCCCCCCCCCCCCCCCCCCCCUUUUUUUUUUUUUUUUUUUACAUUUUUUUAAACACCCAGCCUGUACCAAGGUGAAAGACAUUCCUCCCAUAGGGAACUUAGUACAGGUCUCGCUUUCAGCUCUCAUUUUCAGCAAAGCUACUAAUUAGUAGAAAGUUGAUGUUCCGACUGAGGCAUCACUCAUCUUAAGCUUGUCCUUACAUUCCAUCAGAUCCCAGCGAAACCAUUCAACAUGAACAAAUUCGGAGAGCUUGCUGCCAGACUGACGUCAUUACUGAUCUCAGAAUAUCACCCUUAGUAAAGAACUCUACAUAGAAGACUGUUUCACCUUGUGCAUAUGAGAGAAACUGGUCAUACGCUGCAUGAGGUCAUCAUCGUGUCUUGUUUAUGCACGGAUAGUGAAGAGGGAAAGACACAAAGUGUAUCGAGGUCAAUAUCCACACAUUUCACUACCAUUUAACUAGGUAGGAAACUCACUUUCUCUUCUCGACACACAUUUACCUUACACACUAGGUAAAUCACACAUUUAAAAAAAAAAAAAGGAAAAAAAAUAUAGGUAACUAUAAGACCGUCAUUAUGCUGUGCGUAAUGAAUGUACAGAGAAAAAAAUUGUAGGUAUUUUUUGAGGAACAAUUAAUUUGUUAAUGAUAUGUAGUUAUUUAAUUUGUUUUCCCUGUCCUUUAUUGUAAUCAUGCCUUUUUUUUUUUGAAGAAAAAAGUUGAUCUUUUUCAUUUGUAGACUUAUCUGUCAAAGGUUUAAAGUGCAGGAACACAGUUAUUGUAUGAAAACACUGCGUUAUAGCCACUUGUGUAUUAUUUUCUGAAGGCUACUGAGCAGUCUUGAUCCAGCGUCGAACACAGAGGCUUUUUAGCCGUCUAUGGAGGCAAGCAAACAAAUCACUAAUCAUUUAAAGGAGCAGUUCCACUGAAAGUGAAAUUCAUGCUGUUGUCUGAAAUUUUACUUCUUGAGUUUUGCCCUGGAGCUAUACGAGGCGAACAUGAGGUAAAAAGAAGCUUCAGUUUAGCCUCAAAGAGCAAAGGCUUUCAGAUUUCCACAGUUUGAAGGAAGAAUUAUGCAUCAAGUGACUUCAGGUUGGUGUUCCAAUCUGAUUUCCCCCCAUCCUGAAUGCGAACUUGUUCGAAAACUAUUUGUGUAUAAAUGGUGUUACUGAGCCCAAUGUCUUGGUGACCGUGUGACGAUUUAGACAUGGUGUGUACGAUGCUAAACUGGAGGCUUCCUUUAUUCGGUAGCUGCAUCAGCCUUGUAGCUCCAGUGUAAAACUAAAGAAGGGCGUUUAGGACAACACAGACGUCCUGGUUGAAUUUGGGGUCGGGAGGAAAUGAAAAUUUUGGUUCGCUUUAAGAGGAACUCCACUCUGACUUUACUGUUUGUGUUUAACUGCCAUUAAAACAGCAAAUCUGAGGAAGAUCAUGUAUGCUUCCACAAGAAUAAACACUAGAAAUGAACAUUGUGAUCUUUUACUGCUAGUGUAUUUCUGAAUGGUUUGUAAAUCUGUAUUAUACUCUCAUUUUGUGGCCUUGUUUCUCUUUUGAAUAAAUCAAUUGGCAGGCCAUUUUUUGUACUUCAAGUAGCCUUGAUGAACAAUAAAGAGCUCUUAAACUACAA